CGCAAAAAUUCCCGGCAGAUGUUCUUCCUCCGCUUAACGGUUACUUUGCUGACUUACCUCGUGGAGAAGCCGUCGUUUUAACAAUCUUUUCUUAAGUUUUAACCGUAUUAAAUACUUAAUAAACAUGUUUUGGGGAUUGAUUUUGGAGCCUGAAAGGCGUUAUUCGCAAAUAGUUAAGAAACCAUUUCGGGUAACGAUGGCUUCUUUAGAUGUUAUAUCCUCAAAAGAAGAACCAACGCAGGUUAUCGUAACAUUCCAGAACAAAAAUUUUCUUGCAUGCACACUAAAAAAAGACGGACUCUUAAAUCAACCUUUGGAUUUACGUUUCCAGGAAGGGGACCAAAUUUCUUUUGCUGCCAACGGAAACUCCCAUGUACAUCUAACAGGUUAUUUAAUGGAUAUGGAAGAUGAUUUUGAUCUUGAAGGUGAAGAAUCCGAGGAUGAAGCAAAUAAAGUUACAAUGAAAAAAAGGCGUAACGAACAGAACGAUGCACCUCCUUCUAAGAAGAGUAAAACCCUCGAACUUUUAGAAAAUGCUGAAGAAAGUGACUCAGACGAUUCAGAUUUUAGUCUCAGUAAAAUUCCAGUACCAUUUUCAGAUGAAGAUGAAAGUGGGGAUGAUGAAGAAGAUGAUGUUGAAGAGGAGGAGGAAGAAGAUGAUGAUGAGGAUGAUGAAGAAGGUGAUGAUGAUGAAGAUGAGGAAGCCGAUGAAUUAGAACUAGAAUUUGAAGAGGAUGAAAGUGAGGAUGAAGAUGAUGAGGAAGAUGAAGUUAAAGAGAUCAACAUUAAACCUAGUAAGGGACAAAAGAAAAAGGAUAAGAAGCAAGCAUCAAAAGAUGUUAAAAAUAAUUCUGUUCAGAGUGAAAAAUCAAAACAAAAUGAUAAAAAACAAAAUGAAUCCCAAAAAAAUGGAUCCCCAGCGAAAAAACGUACGAUUGAGGGUGGAGUUAGCAUUGAAGAAUUAAAAGUCGGAAAUGGACCAAUCGCUAAAGCUGGGAAAUUCGUUAAUGUUUAUUAUGAGGGAAGACUGAAGUCUAAUAAUAAAAUGUUUGAUUCUGCUACUAAAGGGGCUGGCUUUCAAUUUCGUUUAGGUCGCCAAGAAGUUAUCAAAGGCUGGGAUGUAGGUGUAUCUGGAAUGAAAGUUGGAGGAAAACGACGAAUUAUUUGUCCACCAAAUAUGGCUUAUGGAGCUAAAGGAUCACCACCAGCUAUUCCCCCAAAUUCCACAUUAGUUUUUGAUGUUGAGUUAAAAAAAGUGAAGUAAACUCAACAUCUGUGAAUCUUACAUAACUCAUUUUGUUUUUUCAUCCUCUAGUUGUUAAGGUAUUUGUAUAACCGUUUCCGUUCAUUUUUUUUUAAAUGUAUUUGUAAGUAGUCCUAAGUGACUAUGAGUACUGUUUUGUGAUUCCUUGUUCUUUUCGAGUAUUACAAAUACAAUAAUAUUUUCAAUAUUAAA